AUGGUGUCUCGGUCUCGGUCGCACGCCUUUGUCUUCGCCACUGCUGCAUCUUUCAUUCUACUUGCAAAGGCACAACAAACCUCUGGCACUCCCCCAAGCAGCUGGCCUCAAGUGUACCCGGGAAUGCCGAAUGGUAGCUACAAUACGGAGUGGCAGGACUACUUCCAAGUGACUGAGAAUCUUCCAAAUGUUACAUGGUCCCUCCCUCGUAAUUGGGCAGGGAACAUUCCUGUUCAGAGAGAGGGUCAUCCUAAUGAUACCUUGUUUUUCUGGGCAUUUGAGAGCGAGGAGGGUUCUUUCACUUCUGAUUCGACUGACGCACCAUGGGGUAUUUGGCUAAAUGGAGGACCCGGCUCAUCAAGUCUUGUUGGCUUAUUGUUUGAGAAUGGCCCAAUCAAUGUACAAAACGACUAUUCGUUAUUGGAAAACCACUAUGCAUGGAACACAGUGGCAGACUACGUCUGGAUAGACCAGCCAGUAAAUCAUCCCGUCAGCGGCGUUGGGUUUGGAACUGCUGAUUCCACUGGUUAUAUUUUCGACGAGGAUCAAAUGGCGGCGGACUUCUUUGGGUUCUUGGAGAAUCUUGUCAAGGUCUUCCCCGGCUUGGCUAAGCGCCCAUUACACCUAACGGGUGAAAGCUAUGCUGGCAUGUAUAUAGCAAGUCCUUACAUAACGAAAGCUUACUUCGAGAUGGAGAAUCCGCCAGUUAUGUUGGCUAAGAUUGCUAUCGGAGAUGGCUCUAUUGCCUCUGGAGAAACAUUUGAACUCCUCCCGGUACUUAGCGUCAUCGAGACAUAUCCCCAGGUGAUCGGGUAUGACACCGAUGUCUUUGAGUACUUCCGUGAACAAGAAGCGCUUUGUGGCUAUGAUCUUACCCUUGAAUAUCCCCAAAACGGACACUUCCCAACCCUGAAUUACACUCCUGGAGAUAACCCAUCUAGUAUGUCUGCAUCGAGGCGAUACAGAGCCCGACAAGGUCAAUUCUCCAAGAAGCUGUUUUUGGCCGAAAUGGAACAGAAGUACAAUGCACGUCUGGCAAAGCGGACCACUAGUCUGUCCAAACAUGAGCGCCUGCGUGCGCGGGGUGCUUGGAAACGUGAUUUAGUAGGCCGUGCAAAUGGCACCAUCGACGCAUGGUACGGGUGCGAUGUUUACGAUGAGAUAAUGGAUUAUGCCAUAAACUUCACCUUCCCGUGGUCACCCAGUAAGGACUCUGGAGGGAUGUUCGAUGUAUAUAAUAUUCCAGAUGCCCUAAACCCUGAGGCACCUAUGGAUGGGUCAGUUUUUUUGAACAACCCACAAACUCGCGCUGCCAUUCAUGCACCGACGAGCAAGGAUUGGGCAGACUCCAUCUACUACCCAUUCGGCAACAACUAUACUAAUGGUGAUCCAAGUCUUGAACCUAUGGCAUUCCUCACAGACUUGGCCACGAAUGCCACAGCCCACAACGUCUCUGUUGUCAUAUUCUCCGGAAAUGAUGACUCCCUCAUUCCUCACCUUGGUUCACAAAUUACUAUCCAAAACACUACUUUUGGCGGGAUUCAAGGUUUCACGCGCAGACCAUCGACACCAUGGUAUGAUGAUAAUGGCGAUUUUGCUGGUAUUGUGCAUCAGGAACGCAAUUGGACUUAUGUCCUUGUUGACCACGCAGGCCACCUCGUGGGGUACACAAAUCCCCAAUCAGGUUUUGUCUUUAUCAGGGAGUUCGUCUUUGGAAACAACCAGACUGGGCUGGUCACCAACACUUCCUCGGGAUCUGCGACUGUCAUAGGUGGCGAGGUCUCUUCCCUGGCAAAUGAGAUCAUGACAGGACAGGCUGCCAUCUACUACGGCUCCGCGACUACCGAAUCCACAUAUUACUUCCCCACCGCCACAGUGCAGGCAUGGAAUGCAUAUAUUGCAACCGCUACCGGCACGCCUCUAUGA